GACAAUUCAUGUAGAUAAAUGGAGCCUGUCAAAAGGAAACUAUAUCAGCGUUUGCUGUGCUUUGUCGUUUUUCUUCCAAUCUCAGGUGUUUUAUGCUUUAGUGAGUUAUUUUUCAUCAAGGAGCCCCAUGAUGUCACUGCCAUGCGGAGAGAAGCCGUUAUUUUGGACUGUCAGGCACAUGGAGAGUCACCCAUUGACGUCAGAUGGCUCAAGAAUGGAGUAAAAGUGGUGGAGAACGAAAGGGUGUACCAUCUCUCCAAUGGCUCCCUUUAUAUUUCAGAGGUGGAGAGCAGAAGAGGAGACAAAUCAGAUGAAGGGCUCUAUCAGUGCCUUGCUCAGAACAAGUAUGGCGCAAUCCUGAGCCAGAAAGCCCGUCUUACAAUCGCAAGUAUUUCCGCUUUUUCAAUCCAGCCGACGUCUAUAGUUGUGACUGAAGGCUCAAUUGCCAGGUUUUCCUGCAAAAUCAGUGCACACCCUCCUUCCAUCAUCACUUGGGAAUUCAAUCGGGUAACAUUACCCCUUGCCACUGAAAGAAUCACAGUCCUGCCCAGUGGUGUUCUCCAGAUCCACGGGGUGCAGCGGGCAGAUGCUGGAAAUUACCGUUGCAUCUCCACCAACAUUGCCAGCCGCCGCCGAAGCACAGAGGCCACCCUCACUGUCACCCCAGCUCCCAGGCCCCAGGUUCCCCAGAGGCCACGCAUCAUCGCUGGGCCACAGAACAUUUCAGUGUCGCUCCAUCAGAGUGCCAUCCUAGAGUGCAUGGCCACAGGCAAUCCCCGACCCAUCAUUUCCUGGAGCCGAGCGGACAGCAAGUCUAUUGAUGUUUACAACACCAAAGUGUUGGGGAACGGCAACCUCAUCAUCACAGACAUCAAGCCCCAGCAUGGAGGAGUCUAUAUGUGCAGAGCCACCACUCCUGGCACCCGAAACUAUACAGUCGCUUCAGCCAAUAUCACUGUGUUAGCACCACCUUCCUUGGUGGAGUGGCCAGAGAGCCUGACCCGUCCACGUGCCGGUACCGCCCGCUUUGUGUGUCAAGCAGAAGGAGUUCCAACGCCUCAAAUCACUUGGCUCAAGAACGGAGAGAAGGUUCACUCCAAUGGUCGAAUCAAGAUGUACAACAGCAAACUGGUCAUCAACCAGAUCAUCCCUGAGGACGAUGCCAUCUAUCAGUGCCAGGCGGAGAACGAGCAGGGAUCGGUCCUCUCUAUGGCGAGGCUCAUCGUGGUGAUGUCUGAGGAUCGGCCCAGUGCUCCCAGGGAGAUCCGAGCUGACACGGUUUCGAGCUCCGCCAUCCUCCUGGCGUGGGAGAGGCCUCAGUAUAACUCUGAUAAAGUUAUUGCUUACUCAGUGCACUACAUGAAGGCUGAAGGAUUAAACAACGAGGAAUAUCAAGUUGUCAUUGGAAACGAUACAACUCGCUACAUUAUUGAUGACCUGGAGCCGGCUCGCAACUACACCUUCUACGUGGUGGCCUACAUGCCCAUGGGAGCCAGUCGUAUGUCGGACAACGUGUUCCAGCACACGCUCGAGGAUGUUCCGCUCCGUGCCCCUGAGCUCAGCCUCACCAGCCGCAGUCCCAUCGACAUCCAAGUAUCUUGGCAGCCCCUUCCAGACAAGCUGAGUCGUGGCCGAGUCUCCGCCUACCGUUUGUCCUAUCGCACCAGUACUGAGAAUACAGUCUCACAGCUGGAGCUACCUGGAGACAAGACCCAGCAUCUCCUGGAAAACCUGCAGCCUGACACCAUCUACCUCCUGCGCAUUGUUGCUGCCACCAGUGUUGGUUGGGGUGAGCAGUCUGUCUGGACGUCCCACCGCACUCCGAAGGCAUCCAGUGCUCGAGUUCCUAUGGCUCCCGAGCUGCAUUUGGAGCCUUUAAACUGCACAACUAUCUUGGCGCGCUGGCAGCUGGCACCCAGGAACUCAGCCAGUGUUCAAGGCUACAGACUCUUCUACCAUGAGGAGAGCCAAUCAGAGAGGGCCCCGAUUCAGCUGCGUGCCUUGGAUAACACAUACACCUUUGGAGGCCUUGACCCAAGGAAGAAAUACCACAUUAAACUUCUGGCUUAUAAUUUUGUGGGAGAUGGCUACCAGGCUGACCAGACUACCAGCACUCCUGGAUGUGUCUCUGUUAGAGAUCGCCUCGUGCCCCCUCCUCCUCCUCCACAUAAUGUGCGCACCAAGACUAACAGUUCGUCCGCCGUGUUUCUGCAUUGGGGUCGACCAGCCUUCACCUCCAGCCACGCGGUCAACUACACUGUCCGCUGCAACCCAGUAGGCCUGCAGAACGCCUCCCUGGUGCUCUACCUGCAGACGAAUGAGCAGAGCCUCCUGGUGCGAGAUCUGGAGCCUAACACCAAGUAUGAAUUUGCUGUUCGCCUUCACAUUGACCAGCUGUCCAGCCCCUGGAGCCCUGUGGUCUAUCAGAGUACUUUCCCUGAUGCUCCCACUCUGCCCCCUUCCAAUGUGAAAGUGACUCUGAUUGAAGUGGACACAGCGCUGGUUUCAUGGAAACCCCCAGAUGAAUCCAACGUAGCUGUGACACAUUACACCAUCCUGUAUGCCUCCAGAAACGCCUGGAUAGCUGGGGAAUGGCAAGUGCUGCAAAGAGAAGGAACCAUCACCAUGGCACUGUUGGAGAACCUGAAGCUUGGCCAGAUUUACUUUGUGAAAAUUUCUGCAUCCAACAACAUGGGUGACGGGCCCUUUUCUCAUACGAUGGAGCUGACAGUCCAAGCAGAUUUGUCCUCUGGUCAUGAUCCCCGGCUCUCUCGAGGCUCCACCCACUCCACAGGCUUUUCUGAUGGCUUCUACCACCUGGACCAAAAGUCAAUGACAGGGAUCACCGUUGGAGUCUGCAUCGCUCUCAUCUGCAUCAUCAUCUGUGCUUUCAUCAUCGUCUGCAGAGGGAAAAACAGGAAAUUUUCAGCAGUUAAAGAGUACAGAGACGAAGUGAACACAUCUGCCUCGGCUGCAGGACAGCUGGGCUCUGAGGGAGAAGCUGAGCAUGCUGAUGUGAGCGUCCCAAUGAUGAACCAAAACCAUUUCAUUGAUGCCAAGGGUGGAACAAAUCUCCUUAUAAAUUCUCUCGGCCCCGUUCAGCCCGGCACUGAGAAGAAAGAGAAAUGGUUUUGCUUCAGCAGUAAUGUGAAAAAGGACAGCAAAGCAGUGCAGAAUAUGAGACACAGUACCGUCUCCUACCAACACGGGACCACAGUGUUGACCUAUGAAGAGGAGCUGUCCAUGUCUCCAGACCAGCCCACCACCCUGCAGGCCCUGCUCUGGCGUCCCGGCGACUCGGAGGGCUCCUCCAGCAGUGAGGGCAGCCACGCAACCGGUGAUUCGGGUCGUUACUCUCACGACGAGACAGAGAUGACCAACCUGUCGACUGGAACCAGCAGCCGCCCUCCGUCUCAGACGGCGGAGGACAGCGGAGGCUCAGACUGCAGCGCCACCCCAGAAGAGUCAGGCGAGCUGAUGGAGGAAAGUCAGACUGACCUGAAGUCAACCGAGUCUGUCGAGAACGGCUGCUGUCAUCAUGAGGCGCAGAGCAGUUCUGAGUCUGCACUUUCUCUCCAAGUGUGUGUGCCUGAGUGUGUGUGUGCCUGA